ACAAGAGAGCCCGUCGCGAGUCGUGCGAGCGCAGGCUGACUGGAGGGACGGGACGGACUUGCGAGGCGAGUGACAGGUGGUUUGACGUUUCGCUCGUCGUCGCCAUCGUGUCGAGCGUAGCGACAGCGCGGCGGCCUGCCUGCCAUAUUGCGCGUGAUAUCUCGGCCCGAGCCGUCGUCCGCGUCGUCGUGCGACCCUCGACGACAGAGUGAGCUCGCGUUUCGUGGAGAGUCCCCGCCGGACAGUUUUCUCUCCCCAGUUCACACCCCCCUCGGUCACGGCCCAGCGGCGGCCACGGCAAGGCAAGGCUACUCCGUCGAGUGCUACACCAAGUACGGCGCCGAUCGCACGAGAGCGUGAGUGCAAAAUGUCGACCGGUCCAUAUAAUUAUUCCUAUAUCUUUAAGUACAUCAUCAUAGGGGAUAUGGGAGUGGGCAAGUCAUGCCUGCUUCAUCAGUUUACAGAAAAAAAAUUCAUGGCAGAUUGUCCACAUACCAUUGGCGUCGAAUUUGGGACUAGGAUUAUAGAAGUAGCGGGACAGAAGAUAAAACUGCAGAUAUGGGACACUGCUGGGCAAGAACGAUUUAGAGCAGUUACUAGAUCGUACUAUCGCGGUGCAGCUGGAGCAUUAAUGGUGUACGAUAUUACACGCCGCUCGACUUACAAUCAUCUCAGUAGCUGGCUGACAGACACGAGGAAUUUAACAAAUCCGAGCACUGUUAUAUUCCUAAUUGGCAACAAAAGUGAUCUUGAAGGUCAACGCGACGUUACCUACGAGGAAGCAAAGCAAUUUGCUGACGAACACGGCUUGAUGUUUGUCGAAGCUAGCGCGAAGACGGGACACAACGUGGAGGAAGCCUUCUUGGAAACUGCAAAGAAAAUAUUCCAAAGUAUACAAGACGGACGAUUGGACCUAAAUGCGGCGGAAUCUGGUGUACAACAUAAUCCCAGUCAGCCAGGUCGCACCAGCCUCCAAGGAGUGUCUAAUGAACAGCAGGGAGGAAAGGAUUCCUGCUCCUGUUAGGUCUUAUUUGUUUGUAUAUAGAUAUAUUAAUUGAUCGGUACUAUUAAUGCAUAUAUGAUUUGUACUAAGUGUAGUUGGCAGAUUGUCUCGUAGCCUGUAUCCUCCCUUUGAUAAGCGAGAAGUCCACUUGAGAAAAAAGAAAGAAACACGUUCAGAAUGUUCUUUUUCUUUAAUUAGCGUCAAUUUACGAUGUUCAAUACAAUGUUAUAAGUACACGACACAAUAUAGAGAGAGAGACGUACAUUGUAAAAAUAAUUCCGGUAAUGCUACUAAGUUUUGACGUGCGGAGAGUCAGAUCUGUCGAUAAAAGCGGCUUUUGUAUAUGAUUAUUGCAAUUUAUAUACUGUUUUCACGUAGACGUUUUGUAUAUUUCAUGCAUUUUUUUUUUCGUGAAACCAGAUAAAGGAAGAGAAUUCGUUUAGAAUAUACAUAUAAUAGCACGUAUGUAGAAGCCGAUCAACCUUUCUCCAUAGGUUUAACUGAAAAUUUCCGUCGGAACGACGUAACAGCGAACACAACGCGAUUUGGAAUUUACAUUCAAUUAAUUUACAUCUGCAUGGGAGGAUCACAUAUUUGUUGUAACAUGUAAGUUCUUGCUUUAAAAGAUUUAAUCAAUGAAAAUUAACUUAAAUUAUGAGCGGUCAGAUUUUUCUCAAUCUCACUUUUUAAACCUGCUUUAAACUUGAUAAGAUAUGCACAUUCAUUGCGAGCUUCGUGAUUUCAGUUAUCUUGCAAACUAAUUAUAGACGGAGAGAGAAAGUAGGGAUCAAAAAUUUACUUCUUUUUUUUUUUUAAUUAAUAUCAAAAAUAUAUCUCUAUUCUUGAUGAAACAUAAAUAUAUAUAUAUACAUAUACGUAUGUAAAUUUAACAUUGUUUUUAGACAAAUUAAAGAUGGAAUUAUUCGCCUUUCGUUCGUGAUAUCAAUUGCAAAUCCAUUUUUGUUUUGUAGAAUUUAAACCAGCACAUAUAUAUAUAUAGUCGUAUUGUUACUUGAAUAUUACAUGAAACAGUGUAGCUUGAAAUAUUGUCAUGCUAUUUUUUUCCACGUUUUUUUGUUGUCCACCCAGCGGAUCUUUAACUUAACAUAUGAUACUUCUAUGCUUUAUAUUAGAGAACAGUAUUAGCAAGAUUAUUUUUCACAUUACUUAUUAUAUUGAAAGCUCACAUGAACAUGUAAACUAAUUCAACAUUGAUAAAUUAAUUGGUGUGCUCUCGCACACACACAUGGAAUUAUAUAAGCUCUAUCUUGUUAUGAUUUGAUGGUACAAAGGUAAUCAUUGAUAUGGCUGAGGCUCCAUAAAGAAGUAAAAGAGAAAAAAAAUGAAAGGCAGCAUGCAACGAACACGAUGAUUUACGUUCUCUUCAGCGUUAUGCGACUUGUGAACGAUUUGUAUUCGAUAUGUUAUAAACGAUAUGUUGCGGUAGCGUAAGAUAAUAAUGCGAAGGAUCGCUUCGAAUAAACUUGACCAAAAUUUUAUCAA